AACAAAAACUCCACUCAACAACAGGGCAAAUUGGGUCUAUUUCAGGACAAAAAAAUGUUGUUCGUUUCCCCUUCUAGUUAUCAUUAGGACAUCCAAUCCUGUGUGGAGUCUGCCAGGUUGGUCGACAAACCCCCAACAAGAAUGCUGGUGGGUUUAGCUUCCUACAAUGCAUGGCCGCGAAAGAAACCAGAGAAAUUAACAGAGACCAAGAAGCAUCUACUUUGGCCCCAAGUAGUAGCAACAACAACAACAACGUAAUGAGGUGCUCUGCCUCCGCGUUCAGCAAAACAGAGUCUCGAAAUGAGCACCAAGAGCCUGGUCAGCGAGAUCAGAAGUGAUGAUCGCGGCAGCGACGACGAUAAGUUGUUGUUGCUACCGUCGCUGCUCUCUACUGCGUUGGUUGCAGAUAGCUGCAGCUGUGUAGAGCAAGAGGAUUUGGGGGAGACUAGUGUUAGUAUUAAUAGCAAAGCAGCAGCGAGGCAGAGAGUGAGAAAUAUGGGGAGAAUUAGGAGAGGAAGGAAGCUUACAUUGCCGCCUCCCAUGUCUUCAAUUGGGGGAUCCACCGGAAUCCAAAUGCGGUCUCGUCGGGAAGAUGGCAGGCUUGUGGUUAACCAUGGUUGGAGGGAUUCCUCCAGACGAGCAUUCUUCAAGUGCCGCCAUUGAAUUCCUCCUUCAUGCUGUAUCGAUGAUGUUGAUUUAGGUUAGAGUUUGGAUUUGGGAUAAUAAGAGGGGGAUUUUCUU